AUGAACGGGAAUGCUGAUGCAUUAAGUCGAUUACCACUCCCAGAAAUGCUGGAGGAAACGCCCAUACCCGGAGACACUAUAAAGCUCAUGGAACUUCUGGAAGCAAUUCCUUUGCAUUCUGGCCAAAUUCGUGAUUGGACAGGACGAGAUCCAGUACUUUCCAAGGUUCAUCAGUAUGCCCUUGGAAAUUGGCCGAACAUUACCUGUCCUAGCAAAGAAUUACUACCUUAUUUCAAUCGGAGAACAGAAAUAAGUGUGGAAGAUGGCUGCCUGUUAUGGGGAACAAGAGUAAUUGUACCUCCGAAAGGUAGAGCACAGGUGUCAGCGGUAUUGUACGAGGCUCAUCCAGGAAUUUCCAGAACUAAAUCUUUGGCUCUUAGUUAUGUUUGGUGGCCGGGACUAGACCAAGAAAUUGAAGAACAGGUGAAGCAGUGUGGAAGAUGUCAGCAGAAUCAGAAGACAGCAGCAGAGGCACCACUGCAUCCCUGGGAAUGA